GAGGCGGGGUGCGUUAUUUGCUGGAACACAUUCGGUAACGGGGGCUGGGGUACCACGGCAACCCGAGGCUUAAGGCAACCAGAUUAAGCACGGCUCAGGCGGGGAAGCGCUGACUGAUGGAAAAGUCAGGCGCUAGCGGAGUGCGGUUCUGCCCCGGUGCCUCUGCCACACGCAGCGGGCCUGCUGGCCAGACGCGAAACCUAGCUGUCGCUGUCGGUGGGGACCUCCUGGCGCUCCCGCGGCACCACGGGGGCCUAAGCACCCUCAGUGGCUGCGCCGUCAGCGUGACGGGGCCCACUCUCCGCACGGGUCACUCACGCGCUCACUGUCCCCGCGGGUGACAACUCAGUCGCUACUGCGGCACCCCCCAGCGACACCGAGAUCUUCCUCUAGCAGCCCCGACACCGAGACCAGAUGGCGCCCACUAGGAUGAGAUGCGCACACGGACCGUAAACCGCCACGGGGAAGCCUGGGGGAAGGCGGGGGAAACCCCACUCUGGCGCCCGAAGCCGCCCCACCUCUCCGCGGCUGGGAGGGGGGUCUGGCGGGCCCCGCGCUGCGCAGCCGCCGUGCCCGGGGAGCCGUUAGCCGGCGGGGAGCAGCGGGCCCCAGGCAGCAGCUGCUGGAGAGGGCGGUGCUACUGCCAGAGGUAAGGCGGGAAGCGCCCCGCCGGGACCGCUCGAGAUCGCGGCCCGGGAGCCUGCUGCUGCCCGGGGGCCACCACAGGGAAAGCGAAACCAAAAGGGCGGCGAAGUAGGUGGAGGGGAAGGGCCGGGCAGGGGCUCCCCACGGCGCGGCUCGCUCCUCCCCUCAUCGCCGGGGCGGAGCGGGGUGGUGGCGGCGGGCGGGCAGGCGGGCUCAGCGCGGUACCGAUGGCCCUGGCACCGGCUCAGCGGGCACCGUAGCCGUCCCCGGCUGUCGCCGCGGCUGACUCAGAGCUGCCCAAAGGAGGGUGGGCUGGACAUGAGCCUCGCCGUCGCGCUCCGAGCAGCGGCCGGUGACUGAGCCACAAAGAACUUUCCUCGGCGGCAGCGCGACGCUCCCCCAUGCACGCCCCCGGCCGCCGGCCCUGGGGCGCUGCCCGACAGGCGCCCGGCGCUGAGCCCGCCAUGGAGCCGCGCGCGGGGCUGCACAGCAGCCCGGACCUGAGCCGGGCCAAGCGGCUGAGCGUGGGGGAGCUCUGCUCCCUCUUCGAGGCUCGUGUCGCUGCUGUCGCCGCCGCCGCCGCCCGGCAGCUGCCCGACCCGGCGAAGAGGGGCUGCCGGCCCCCCAACGGGGUGUUGCGGCCCGUCAUCCCCCGGCUCACUGUCACCGCUGAGGAGAGCGAGGAGACGCAGGGCAGCCCCCAGGCGCAGCCGGCGCACCCGGAGGGCGGCUGCCUGAGGACGGACAGCUCGUUGCACCUGCAGUCCCGCAGGCUUUCCACCUCAUCGCUCUCCUCCACCGGCUCCUCGUCUCUCCUGGAGGACUCGGAGGACGACGUGCUGAGCGACACGGAGGGCAGGAGCCAGGGCAUCGUGCACCUGGAGCACGGCGAGGACACCAACCAGAAGAAGGCAUGGCAUACAAUUAAAACCAUGGUUAACUUACCAGUCAUCAGCCCCUUCAAGAAACGCUACUCUUGGGUGCAGCUGGCUGGGCAUACAGGGAGCUUCAAGGCAGCCGACAGUGGGAAGAUCCUGAAGCGCCUCUCGGAGAACGAGAAGGAGUGCUUCGAGCGGCUGAUGAAGGACCCGCUGCGCUCCUGCGUCCCGCGCUUCCACGGCGUGGUGGAGAGAGACGGCGAGAGCUACAUUCAGCUGGACGAUUUGCUGACUGACUUUGAGGGGCCUUCUGUGAUGGACUGCAAGAUGGGGAUCAGGACGUACCUGGAAGAAGAGCUGGCUAAGGCCCGUGAGAAACCAAAGCUGCGUAAGGACAUGUACAAGAAAAUGAUUGAAGUGGACCCUCUUGCUCCCACAGCUGAAGAGAAUGCCCAACAUGCUGUCACCAAACCCCGAUACAUGCAAUGGAGGGAAACUAUCAGCUCCAGUGCCAACCUGGGCUUCAGGAUUGAAGGGAUUAAGAAGGCAGAUGGGACGUGCAACACAAACUUCAAAACUACAAAGACACAGGAGCAAGUUCUACAGGUUUUUGUGGAGUUCAUUGAGGGCAACACAACUAUUCUGAACAAAUACCUCAAACGUCUGCAGGAAAUUCAUAUCAUUCUUCAAUCCUCAGACUUCUUCAAGCGACAUGAGGUCGUUGGAAGCUCACUACUUUUUGUACACGAUGGCACUGGGAAUGCCAAUGUGUGGCUGAUCGAUUUUGGAAAGACCACCCUUCUCCCUGACGGGCAGACACUGGAUCACAGGAUCCCCUGGCAAGAAGGCAACAGGGAAGAUGGGUACUUGUUGGGCUUGGACAAUUUGAUCGGCAUCUUGGAAAGCAUCACUGAAAGAUGAGUUGAGAACAGCACAAAACUUGCAGGGCAUCUCUGUAACUUUCUGCUCUACUGGGGUUGCUCAGUUAGAAGGAAACCUGUAACUUCCUUCAAACUCCUGAGGUGGUCAGAGCAGAGGGAGCUGCAUCCAGAACUCAGCACUUAGUGAACAAUGACUUUGCAUUGGCCCUCCAUGAACUUCAGUAACUCCAGAUUGGUCUGUAUUGUACCAGCCUCACUUCGGACUGGUUCUCAGAGAAUGAAGAUCUCCAUACUCAGGAAUCACACCAGCAUGAGUCAAGAGGUCUGUGUAGUAAACCAGAAUGAUUCUGACUUCUGUCAAACAGAUGGGACUCCAGUUUACCUCUGAGUGAGCCAGAGCAAAUGCUUAAGGAUUCAGGGUAGGAAUAACCAUUUUUCAGGGAAUUGCAUAGUUUUAUAACUCCCUCCUCACACAUGCACACAAUUGCAAGUCUCCUUGCUCCCUUGUACACUAUAGGUUGGACCAAUAAUUUGUGCUGUGCUGUAUUAGUGUGCACAAGGUGGAAAUGGGUGGUGAUAACAGGGAGGCAGCAGUUGGUGGUGGCUGGAUGUGGAAACUGCUGUUCACAUUCUUUCUCUUCCUCCCUCCCCUCCCCUCUAUUCGCUUCUAUCCAGGAACAGCCUUUGAUUUUUAUGUAGCCUCUCAAGAGAUUACAGAUACUCUAGGGGGAGAAUAGCAACCCAUUGUCUCCAAAAACAUUUGACUUUCAGCCUGGGUGGGCAGUUGGAAAGUGCCUACCUUGGCAAGUGUGGCCUCUUGCAGCUGAACUGCAGUUCUGAAGAUCAGACCAGGGAAAUAAUGCUUUUUUUUUUUUACAAGGGGGCCUCUGUUUUUAAAGAUUAACUCCCCUGCACAUGUGGACAUGCACACUAGUGGCCAGCAGCCAGUGUGAUCUCUGAAGAUCAGGGUUUGGCUUCUCUCUAAUGCACAUGGCCACCUUCUCUUCCCACAUAGGAUGCUGCCACUGAAGUGCGUAGACUGGCACAGCGGUUGGGAAAGGGAAGUUUCUGCAUUCACAGCAUUACACUAAUGAUAAUUCCCAGGCAUCCUUCCUCCCACGUAUCAGCUGUUAACUCAGAGCAGGUUGGGGGAAGGACUGUCAAUGUAUUGCAUCCCUAGUACCCAUCUGGACUGGUGGGGCCAUCUGUGGUUUGUUCCUUUGCUGCGGCCCAGGCCCAGCCGCAGAAAAUUCAGUGUUGAGGUUGAAGAAAGACUGAAGCGAUUGCUCAUAAUGGCUUCCCUUGGUUGCCCCAUGUCACUUGAACAAUUCUUUAAACCCUAGCAGUGUAAGUACUAUCAAUAUUCACAUCCUCACUCACGUUCCAGAUUUUAACAUUGAUAAUGUGAUGAUGCAGUUUUCUAACUGAGAGCAAGACUUACAUUUACUAUUUGAUUGUUAAUCCCCUUUCAACAGCUAAAGCCCAGCAAUGCACAUUGAGUGGAGCCUGCCGUCUCUUGCUGGCACUCUGGAGAGAUUCUGAGAACUUCUUUAGGAUACAUGAAGGUGACUCCAUGGUUUGGGAAACUAUUUCAGUAACAAUUGUGAUUGUGAGAAAAAAAAACAGUGGAGUUCAGAACUGGAGUGGAAUCUAUGUAUAGUGUCUGUAGUUAGUUAGAUUUGAAGAGCCUAAAACCAUUUCAGAAAGGAGUUACUUUAGCACACUACUGUACUGAGCAAGCAGUCAGCAUUAAUGGCUUUUUCAUCACCUCUAAACCAAACAGCAGUAUUAAAAAUUCAGGCUCUUUUGUGACCUGAAAGCUGGAUGACAGAGCAGGUUCUGUCAGAGGUAAGACAUGUUGGAAAUGUUUUCAUUCUAAACCUGAAGUUGUUUGAAACUUAUUUUUUUGCAGAUAGUUCUGUGGCCUCCCAGACUCCCCCUCAGUUUUAUUUUCGUGAUGGUAUGUUAGUGAAGUUUCCACUCAGAUAUUUCAGAGGUUUUACACCUGCCUUUUUUUUAGGUGACAGCAAGCCUGCAAUAGUGAGCACAGGUCACAACAUUCUAGAUGCCUCCUAAGUUUUGAACUAUGAGAUGAUGCAGUUAUCUGUGGCAAAUUUCAUACAAUUAAAAAAGAAAGUGAUCCUCCUUUCCUGCAGCCAGCAGGCCUGGUCAGUUAACCAGCAAAUGCUCAAGGAGAACAGAAAGUAAAUAGGUCUUAGGGGAAGAACUUAAAUAACUGUGGCUUCCUUAUGAGGCUGCAAUUGCAAGCAGCCCCUACCAUACUUUAAGCAAAACAAAAGAGAGAAAAGUUAGCAGUGAGACGGUUAAGGUGAUAGAAUUCCUUAGUGGUUAGCCUAAUUAAUCUUCAGACUUGAGUUUCUUUUACUCUGUUACCACAAAUGUGAAUCUUUUGCAUCAGUGUAACUUAUUUUCUGGGGGGUGGUUGGAUUUAGAGGGUACAAGAUGACGCUUACCUGUUAGAAUGUUGAGUUUGAGGCAAACUUCUAGAAUGAUUGCUCAUUUCUAAGGGAGAACUAGCAGUGAUGUGGUACCAGUUGCUUCAAAAAGACCCCAAAACUGCUGCUAUGAUCUGAGUGGCUUAGUCUGUGGUCUUGGUGGGGAAACAUGCAGAAUGAUCCAUUCUUCUGCAGUAGUUGAAAAGGUCAGAGAAAAAAACAAAUGCCCUCCUGUGGCAGCCCCUGGUCUGGAAACGCAUUUUGGAUGAUAAGUGGUUGUAGCAAGCUAGUUUUGAAGUUUUGGCUUUCUAAGGGAUUAGAAGCCAGAGUCUGCUGCUGCUGUUAUGGGAAAGGAGAAAAAGUGGCAGCUUCUUAUUUGCAAACUGCAAGCGCAGGACUGCAACUGAGCCCUGGAGCGGUAAGGAGUUGGAGCCUGAGCUCACGAGCAAACUACCACAAGGUAUAUUAGAUACCUCGAUUUGUUCACAUCAGGUGGCCCAGAGUGCCUGUCUGUGUACGCUCAGUGGCUAGCGUGAGGAAGCAACGUAGCUGCCGUUCACCAUGGAUGAUGAACAGGCACAUAACAGAGAAGUGCUGAUGCAUGAUAACUGAGGUGCUUGUUCACAGACAAGUCCAGAAUGUAGUUUUUGAAUGCCUCUGCUGAGAUAGAUAUGGCCUCACUGUGGGGGCACUGAGAGCACAGGUUAGUUUCCACAGCAUGGUGAGAUGUGGUAGCCCAGAGGCACUUUGGUGCUGAACCUCUGACUUUAAACUCACUAAUUGGAGGCAGCAAUGCUUACUGCUGUAGCUGCUUCUUUCCUCUGGGAUCUAGCAGUAGGACUUUUCUCCCUCAGCUUUGCCAGUGAUGGCAGUUUUUUGGCCUUGGACAGCUAUCCUAGGCCUCAGUUUUGUUCCCAUUUUACAGAUGGGGAUGGUACCUACUUACCUCACAGGAGUGGUGUGAGGCUGUCUGGUCACUUCAAGAUGCUGUGAGAUUCUUUGGAGGAAGGUGCAAUAUAGAAAGAAAUGCACAAAGAGAUACAUCAGCUAAGUAAGUUUAAAAAUGAUGGGUGCUGGAGCCCUAUAAGGAUACAUAUUUGGAUGAAAUGUAACCAAAGUGGUAAAAAUUAAAUCCUUCUUAAUUUUCCAUGGGGGGAAUUGAUGCAGCAUCUGAUCCAGUUCCUAGUACAGUGAAAGCUUUCCAUGGGAGUUGGACCGAACCCGUAAGUAUCUCAGAGGGCUCUUGCUAUUUUAUUUUUUUUAUUGCUGUUGUUACUAUUAUUUGUUAUUAUUAAGGUACUGAGAUCAAAUAGCCUGUAUCAUCCACAUGCAUCCGUUUCUGAACACUACAAUGCAAAGCUGACCAUGGUCGCUUUACACGUUGACUGUAUUGGUUGAGUGCUUGUUACUCUGAAGUGUGUAUGCUACUAAAUAAAUGAGACUGAAGGAAAAAA